GAGUGAGGAGGUGACACUAAACACAAAAAUGGAAGAUUUGAAGUUACAUGGAUUUUGGUAUAGUCCCUUUACAAUGAGGGUGGUAUGGACCUUGAAAUUGAAGGGUCUAUCAUAUGAGAACAUUGAGGAAGAUCGCUUCAAUAAGAGCCCUCAACUUCUUGAAUACAACCCUGUCCAUAAGAAGACCCCAGUGCUUGUUCAUGGUGGAAAACCCAUUUGUGAGUCCAUGAUCAUUGUUCAAUACAUUGAUGAGUUAUGGCCACAGAAUCCAUUGGUCCCUCAUGAUUCCUAUGAGAGAGCUCAAGCAAGGUUCUGGGUUGCAUAUUCUGAACAAAUGGUUCCUGCACUGCCAGCACUCAUUCAAAGCACUAGUGCGGAAGAGAAAGAAAAGGCCGUACAGAAGGCCUGGGAAAACUUCAAAGUCCUUGAAGAUCAUUGCUUAGCUGAUAAGAGAAAAUUCUUCGGUGGUGACAAAAUUAACAUUGUGGACAUAGCUAUUGGAUCAUUUUUCGUAUUUUUUGUCACUAUAGAAGAUCUUAAACAAGUAAAGAUACUGGUAGCUGAAAAGUUCCCUCUCUUACAUUUAUGGUUUGAUAAUUUCAAGAAUGCCCCAGUUAUCAAAGAAAAUUUCCCUGAUAGGGAGAAAAUGUUGGCUACUAUGAAGGCUGUCUUGGAGAGGAGGUUGGCAUCUUCCUAAGAAGUCAGCAUCUAUAUUUAUGUGCUUGUUUCUUUAUAUACCAACCUUCUGUUGGGUUUGACUUAUUGUGCUUGUAAGGUAUAACAGAAGUUUGAGUUUAUUGUAUUUCUUGAAAUAAUGGAUUCGGUUUUCUUUUAA